AUGAAGUUUGCUACAUUAGAUGAUCAAGAAGAAUUCAGUUUAGAAACUCCAAUGAUACGAUUCUAUCGAUUAUUAUAUUUUGUCAACGUGACAAUCGGGAACCCACCGGUUCAACAAUAUCUAGAGGUGGAUACCGGCAGCUCUCUCACAUGGGUUCGUGGAGGUACUUAUCCUCCGAGACGAGACGAUUACGUCCCCUCAAAGUCUUAUUCAUUUAGGCAAAUGAGCUGUGGGGAUCCUAUAUGCACCUCGAAAAAUACUUUUCAGUGUCUUACACAAAAGAUUAAUCAGUGCGGGUAUAAGAUUUAUUACGCCGACGGGACUGAGUCAGCUGGAAGGAUAGGCUACGAUCAGUUUGGGUUUGUAAACUAUGAAGAACCUAGAAGUCAUUCUUUUGUAGAUAAUGUUGUAUUUGGUUAUCUCGGCAAUAUAACAAAUGGUACUCCGUCGACUAAAGACAAAAAUUUCAAUGGAAUAUUAGGACUAGGACCGAGAAGCAUUUCCCUUGUCAAUCAGCUACCUGGACCGAAAUUGUUCAGUUACUGUGUCUCAAAUCUUAGUAGCGCAGAUGCAUCCGAAGGCUACAUUCAUUUUGGGGAGGCGAAUGACUACACCGGAGAUCUUCAAACAACACCGAUAAUUCAGGGUUAUCCACAGUAUAUUAUAGAAAUUCAAUCGAUUUGUUUAGGUAAUGUGUGUUUGCCAAUUGAUCCAUCCGUAUUCAAGCACAUUCCAGGUGUUAAGUCUGGAGUGUCCAUCGACACGGGAGCGAUAUAUUCUUUUUUACCAGACAUAGCAUAUGCUGCUGUUGAAGAUGCGGUGAUUAAAAUGAUGAAAUCGAAGAACAAGACUUAUGUGCCGGGAUUAUAUAAAAACAAUUCAAUGUUAUGCUACGAUGGAAAGUUGGAUGAUGAUGAAUCAUCUUAUCCUUCUCUUAUUAUCAAUUUUGCUGGUGGUGGGGGAGCAACUAUGGAAAUUACUCGAAACGUGUAUCUUCAUGAGCUUCGUUCAGGUUUACACUGUCUAUCAUUUCGAAGAAGCUCCCGUUUUGGAGGAAGAUACAAGAAAUACACUGUACUAGGUUUGCUGAGCCAACAGUAUCAUGUUUUCGAGUUCAACCUCGACAGUUGGAGUGUGGGCAUUUUGGGUGACAAGUUUUGUAAUGAUCCGAUCUUAUAA